AUGGCUUUUAAUAUUCCGUCCCGACAUCGUGGCCUCGUUUUUGAAUCAGUUUCAAAGGAUUUAAGUGGCCUUCAAAUUCAGUCACUCCCAACUCCACAAGUCGAGGCUGGCAGCGCCAUUGUUCGUGUCCUUGGUGCUAGUGUGCUGUCCUAUCAACGUGAUAUUUACGAUGGGGAGCGAGAUUACUUUCUUCCUAAGCCACUGAUCGGCGGAUUCAGCGCCAUUGGGCGUGUUGUCGCAGUCGGAUCUGAUGCCAUCGCCUUGCAGCCGGGAAAUUUGGUGUAUCUCGAUUCCGUCAUCCGUGGACGCGACGAUCUCAAUGCUGUGAUCCUAUCCGGAGUCUCGGAUGGAUUCAAUGAACGAGGUAAAAAGCUGAUGAAAGACGUCUGGCGCAAUGGAACAUUUGCUGAAUACACCAAAUUUCCUUUGGAAAAUUGUAUCCUUCUGAAUGAACCAAAGUUGUGUCAAGGCUUAGGUUACGAUAUCCUUGACCUAAUAUACAUCAGCUAUCUCCUCGUCUCUUAUGGCGGUCUACGGGAUAUCAAGGUCGAACCCGGUGAGACUGUCCUUGUUUGCCCGGCCACUGGCGGUUUCGGGGGUGCUGGCGUUCAGGUUGCAAUUGCUAUGGGUGCCAACACCAUUGCAAUGGGCCGGGAUGAGCAGGAGCUGGCGAGACUGAAAACAAAUGUGACAGAGGGCACUCCGGGUGCCAAUAUCGAGACAGUCAAGAUGACGGGGGAUGAGGAGAAGGAUUUGAAUGCACUUCUAGCCUUUGGAACCAUCGAUGCUGUACUGGAUCUUUCGCCACCAACAGCAAGCAAAUCGCCGCACUUAAACAGCGCUAUUAGGGCUAUCCGACGCAAGGGCCGUGUUAGCCUCAUGGGAGGUUUUAUGGACGGCCCUAUACCAAGCUUUGAGCUCAUUGCAAAGGACAUCACCGUGAAAGGCAAAUUCAUGUAUGAAAGAGAGGAUAUAUCACAAUUUUUGAAGAUGCUGGAAAGUGGCCGAUUUCCACGUGGCAAAAAGUUUGUCAAUAUGAAGAGUUUUCCUCUAGAUGAGUGGAAGACUGCCCUUGACGUGGCAGCUGAAUAUACCGGAAUUGGGAGAUCGGUUGUCAUUAUCCCAUAA